GUUCAAAACACAGCUUGGCCUCAAUCCUGCCUGAUUAUUUUUGCUUCCUGCUUAAUUUUUACGCUUAUUUUCUCCUUUUACCAGUUAUGUAAAGUGCUUAGCGCUUUGUAGCCUUUAUUUAUUUUUUCAGAUUUUAUAUGAUGAGGUUGCUUUCCGUAUAUUCACCAAAAAACACGUAUUUCUCCCCCGGGAUAGAUUUCUCAAACAGCAGCCUACUGUUUGCUUGUUUGUUGCUUUCAAGGAAUAUGGACUAAUUGAGAAACCGUAUAAAUGUACUUGCCGUCGAGGGGAUAUCCUGCGUUUGUAAUCGAAGAGGUGUGUGUGCCCUGGGUGCAGCCCAGCCUGUGCUGUGGUGGCGAUGAAGAGCCCCGGAGCUGCAGAGAGCCGGCGGCUGGUCGUCCUGCUGGAGGCGGCCCUGCUGAGGGAGGCUCGUCUCUGGAAGGUACCGGUCUUCAAGAAUGGAUGCAUCCAGGGUGGUGACGUCUCCUCAUCCCAAUAUCAAGAAACUAUCUUUUGGCUUGGAGAGAUGAACCGGCUGUUCCACUUCUGUCCAGAAACGUUUGCACUGGGAGUCUGUGUCCUUACCCGACUGCUGUCCACUGUCAAGGCCCAACCCAAAUACCUGAAAUGCAUUGCUUUCACCUCGUUGGUCCUGGCUGCCAAAAUCAACGAGGAAGAUGAGGUAAUAGGUUCUGUUCAAGACCUGGUUGUGCAGAGCGGAUGCAGCUUCUCAACAGCUGAGAUUCUUCGCAUGGAGAGGAUCAUUCUAGACAAGCUGCAAUGGGACUUGUACACCGCAACGGCAGUCGACUUCAUUCACAUAGUAAGUUGGCAGAUAGAUGGGCAAACAAUACUUUUAUUUGUUAUUCUUUUCCUGGACCUGAGUUGUCGGAGCAUCUCAUAGCUGGACCUGAAAUGCUUCGUCAACUCUGGUCCCGGUCUUGCCUAAAACACAGCAGCACAAAAGCACACAUUUUGCCAUCAUGCUUGCAUCAUGUUUGCUUCAAGACGGUAUUUCACAAACCCCUACUCUCUCAGAAGAGAUAAAGGUAAAUUGGUCCUAGUAGAGAUUGUGCAUUUAUUUGAUUUCACUCAUUGUUCCCAUUUAUUAUAAACUCCAUUCCGUCCAGCUUGGGGUGAACACGUUAAAACGUUUUAAGAGGUCUAGAGCAACUGUGCAAAUAAUAAAAUGGGAGUCCGAUUAGAACAUAAUGAUACAUUUAGUUUUUCAAUACAUCUGAAUAGAAUCAAUAAAAUAUUGUUCUAAAUAAUGACGUAAAAUAAUCUACCUGACCUCAACACAGAUAAAACCGAAAUGUUUUGUUUUUGCGCACUUGUUCAAUUGUUUUAAAGAUCUAGGUUAACCGAUGGAAAUCACCUUGCUUUCAGUUAUUGCUAACUCUAAAAAUCACUGCCUUUUCCCUCUGUAAAUAUGAUUUAAUGUCAGCUUUCUGCAGCUUCAGUGCAGAAGUGACAAUUAUAGAAUCUGUUGAAUCUGAUUGUGGACAAAGACCCAAUCGGCGCAAGGUCUGAAGAGAGCUGUUUAUUCCACAUAAGUCUGCAUUUGCAAGCUGCUAGCAAAUAACAGGCAUGUUGCAUAUCAGGCCAAGGCACUUCUGACUAACUCUAACUUCUGCCCAACUAUUGAUACCAAAACCCUGCUGGGUGGGGGUCGGAGAUAUAAGGUCCUUUUUUUUUUAUUAUUGGGAGACCUCGAGAGACUUAACAGACAUGUGUUAUCGUCAGGGAAUCUAUAACGUGCUCUGAAUAGUUGACUGUCUUUUACGUGAAAGUAGGUUUGUCAUUGUUAAAGGUCCCAUGCUGUGUCACUGAGUUUAUGGCACAAUAUUUUUAAACAGCCUGGAACUGUUCACAGUAGUUUAUUGUUCAACCUUUACAAAUCAUUGCCUAAGGCAGUAGCCACUGACUGAACUGUAUAUGUGUGUAUAUACACACACACACACACACACACACACACACACACACACACACACACACACACACACACACACACACACACACACACACACACACACACACACACACUUUAGGUCCCUUCAUGCUAUCGCGCCCAGGGCUGUAUUCAUAACGCUUUUACUAAGAAAACAUCCAGCACUUUAUGGUAAAAGAUCAGUAACUAUAGCGCCAAGGAAACAGUUUGAACAACUCUUAAUAUGCUUCUCAUAGGGCUGCAUGUUAUUAAAUAGAUGCAUAUAUUACUUCUACAUUCAACCUCAAUUUGGUUAUUGGAUCUGUAAACUCUUUGUAAAAACAAACUCCAGUAACUACUUUCGUUUUUAGCCACACUAGCAGCACAGCUUUUUGGAUCACAGUGAAGUUGACUUAAAACAAUACAAACUGUUAUUAAACUGAACAUUACAUCUUACUAUGAAUAAGGAGGCCAACAGUUUGGAGGCCAGCAUAGUGACGCUUUAUGAAUACAGCCCAUCAGUUUUCAUUACAAAUAGUUCCACAAGAGUUGGUAUUGAUUCACAAUAUUCAAAGGAUGUCCAUUGUGUCCGACUUGCUCAGUUCUAAGGAUAAACAUUCUCCACACAACAAAUCUGACUUUUUUUUCUGAGCUUUGCAUUCUGUUAGUCAAAAAUCUCAUCCCGGACCAAAGCACAGCUUCAUUCCCUCAACAAAUAAAUGCCAGUGUUCGAUUUGUUUGUGAUAUUGAAAUUUGCGGAGGACUGAUACAUUUUCUUUAAAGCAGCAAACCAUUAACUGUCACCGAAAAGCUGUUUGGCACAUUUGAACUGAUUCAGUGUCUUCUGCAGGACUAAAAAUGGCAUUUUCACAACUAUAACGUGAAUUGUACUGACAUGGUGUCAUAGGUUUACAGCGUGUUAUUGAUGUGAAGCUUUUAUUUUCCUUGCACUUCACUUUAUAUAUUCCAAAAGAUAUUUGAACAUAAACAGACAUAAAGCACCACUAAAAACUAUAUUAAAAUAAAGAAUUUCUCUUUUUAUACUAUUCAAAUAAAUAUUUUUCAAAUACUUUUGAACAAUACUGUAAUUACCUCACAAUGACAUUCCCCCCUGCCUUGAAGAAAUAACUCUGCAUUCCCUUUUUCUAAAUAAAGUGGUAUUCUCCUUUUUUCUAUAAAACAGCUAUCAUUAAAAUCUAUCUAUUAUUGGUCACCAUGACACUUUGAUAUAUAUAUAAAUAAGAGGAUUUACAGAGAUGCUUUGUCAUCGGCUCUCAAUAUUCUUAAAUAUCCAAGUGAAGCUCUUUGAAAGGCAGAAUCCGCUAUGUGGCUCUCAAAUCUUUCACCGUCUGAGACUGUAUCGGGCUGUCCAAUCGGAACACAAAGCUUCCUUUGUUUGCUACGUCAGCCUGAAUAUUCCCUGCAUUCCCAUAGUGGAGUGAAGAAUGAAAACUUGAGGAGGCAGUUUAGAAAGUUUGAAGAAGUCGAGAGCUGUUUUUAACAAAUUCCUUUUUGAAUUUGGCACCACAUUGCUGAAUCUACCUUCUUUAAAAACCCAUGGCUUAUUUUUGCUACCGAGUAAGAGACAAAACUAAAGCAAAUGACACAACAUGAUAGACAUUUGGCUGUAACAGAGAAACAUCACAAUAAUGUGUUGGGGUUUUUUCUUCUGUUUUCUGGUCACUUUGUGAUAAGACUAAGAAGAACUAAAACUCAAAGUGUCCUUUAACAUCGAGCCUCAGGUUGUGAAUUACAGUUCCGGCCUACAAAUGGGAACACAUACGCACUGCUUGACGAUACCAACAAGAUUACUAUGAUUCCUCAGGCCAACGGGUAGGUCUUCAUAAGUUAAACCUCAUGAUGGGAUGCUCUAUCUGUUGAUCAAAGUGUCUAUCAGCAAUGAACACUUGAGAAGAGAACCACAGACUGCGAAAGGGACAUUGUCCUGGGUGGAUGGGAUGAAGGUUGGGUCAAAGGAAUGAAAGAUGUUUUGUGAAGGUUGGACAUUAAAUGCAUUGAUGUAUGUCAUGUUGAUAAGAGGUAAAGGGUGAGCAAUGGAUGGAAGAUGACAACAGUGACAUCAUUAUGCUAACGUUUUGGUCUCGUUCCUCUCCACUUCCCUGCUCUUCUCCG